AUGAUAUUUGUCCUAGGAAUAUAUGGCUCAUUAGUGCUGACAAUAGUGCAGGCUAUUGCUCCAGCUGUGAUCAACAGUGUUGCAUUAGUGGACGAAGGCUAUCGUCUUCAGCGAAUGUCAGAACCACUAGCAUACAACUUAUUUUUGAACCUCAACGAUUCCAAUUUUUAUACCUAUUCCGGUUCGGUUGACAUUGAAAUGCGCUAUCUAGAUUCUCUUGAUUACUUUUACUUGAACAGUGCUGGAUUAGUAAUUGACGAGAAAAGUAUACGAAUAACAAAACCGAAUGGAGAUGUACUACCUAUACAAAAUCUUAUAUCAAUGGAGAAGUAUGAAAAAUUGUAUUUAGCUUUUGGAGAAGUUCUGGAAAAAAAUAGUGUAUACGUUGUACACAUUGAGUUUUCUAACAACAUUGGAACUGAUCUAAAAGGACUAUACAGGAGUAGCUACACAUUAGAAAAUUCACGAAGAUUCCUCGUAGCAACCCACUUUCAAGCCACUUACGCUCGAACCGUUUUUCCCUGUUACGAUGAACCAUCCUAUAAAGCGUAUUUCAACGUUUCACUCCGACACUCGUCUAACUUUAAUGCUAUAUCUAAUAUGCCAGUACAAGAAAUCAAGAAGGAUGAUAAUCAUUCAAUUACUACAAAAUUUGAAACAUCACCUUUAAUGUCAUCCUACCUACUGGCAUUUGUGGUGUCAGAUUACAAAACAUUAUCCAACGAAGAGGAUUUCAUUAGGGUAUAUGCCCCGGAAACUCAAGUUCAGUAUACUGGUUAUGCAAAAUAUUUUGCCCAAAGAGCAAUGGAGCAUUUAGAGGCCAUCUUCGAUAAGAAAUUUCAACUUCCGAAAGUUGAUCUGGUAGCUAUACCUGAUUUCAAUAUGGGUGCAAUGGAAAACUGGGGUCUAAUAACAUUUCGCGCAGUUUAUUUGAUCUACGAUGAACAUACAACAUCAGUACGUACACAGCAAAGUAUUGCUAACUUAAUAACUCACGAAUUUGUCCAUUCUUGGUUUGGAAAUGAAGUAACACCUGAAUGGUGGACCUAUUUAUGGCUAAGCGAAGGUAUAGCCCGCUAUUUUGAAUAUUACGUGACAGACCAAAUCGAAAGGAAUUGGCAGUUAUGGGAGCAAUUCAUAGUUAAUAAUGUACAUUCAGCGCUCGCACAGGAUGAUAAAUAUGAUAACAGGCCGAUGAAUUAUUAUACAACCGAACCUGAUAUACUAAAUAAUUUAUUUGAUUACGUUGUAUACGCUAAGAGCGCAUCAGUUAUCCGGAUGAUCCAAAGUGUAAUCGGGUUCAAAGCAUUCAACAAAGCUCUCAAUCAUUAUAUUACGCAUCGCAGCUAUCAAACCACAAACCCAGACUAUUUAUGUGCCAGUAUUGAACAAUUCAACGAAGUUGAUCUUCCCAGUUCAAUUUACGAAAUACUAAACAGUUGGGCUGAUACCGCUGGAUAUCCUCUAGUACUAGUAACAAAAAAUGGAAACUCAGUAACUAUUCAACAGAAACGUUUCUGGAUGCCGAUGGAGGGAGAAAAUACUCCAAUAAACACACUGUACUACAUACCCAUCAAUUAUGCAACAUCGAUGGAAGCAAAUUAUAAUAAUACUACUCCUGAUGAUUGGCUAACUCCGUCCAAUACUCAGAUAACGAAAGAGUUUCCCGGCUCGGUCACAUGGAUUAUAGUAAAUAAAUUGCAAACUGGUUAUUUCCGGGUCAAUUACGACAAUGAAAAUUGGGCGGCUUUGACUGCAAUUUUAAAAUCCGAUCAAAUUGAAAGUAUUCCGGUAAUAAAUCGGGCCCAGCUGUUAGAUGACGUUUGCAACCUUGCUAAAGCCGGAGAAGUAAGUUACGACAUUGCACUAUCAUUUCUUCUGUACCUCGAAAAAGAAAUGGAGUACAUUGCAUGGAGCACAGCGUAUAAUUCACUCACCCAUCUAAACCGAAUGCUCAUGGGUAAUGAAAACUAUUCACGAUUCGAGGAUUUUGUUCGGACCUUAACUACCAUCAUUUACAACAAAACUCGGUUAAUCGACCGCAGUAAUCACAUUAUUAAGUUACAUCAUGGUAACACUGCCUACUUAGCGUGCUAUUUUGGAGUGGAUGCAUGUGUCAAUGAUGCACGGACCCUAGUUCAGCACAUGUUGGAUGAUGAUUCGUACAUAAUUCCAGAAGAAGAACAAGAAGUUGCCUUUUGUGCUAUGAGCAAAUACGAUAUUUCAUUGGGAGCCGAAACAUUAAAAACACUAUUUGAUCGUUAUUUACCGUUGAGAGAAAGUCAAAAAGGGUUGAUAACUCGAUUUAUUGCAGGCAUGGGCUGCUCUAGAAAUACUACAAUGAUCAGGUUAUACCUUAGUCUUACAACCAGUAAUAUUCCAGGGUUUUCAAUAACCGUGUCCGAGAGAACCGAAAUUCUUACCGCCGUCAUUGCUGGCAGCUUUGAAGGCUUAGUAGAAAGCUUGAAUUUUGUUUUGAAUCAUUAUCCUGAUAUUGCCCGUUUGUACUCAUCGCUUACUGAAAUUUUUACGGAAUUCGGAAAUCGAAUCAACAACAAUUACACUUUUCAAUUGUUCCAAGAUAUUGUCACCAGAUAUGAAGAUAUGUUCUCCGAUUCCCUUAGAUCAACUGCAUCUAAAGCACUUACCAAAGCAACUCAAAAUGUUGCUUGGACAUAUAAGUAUGCUGAUAUCAUAAAUAGCUGGAUGAUUGAAAAUGAAUUUGUUUUGAGCACCACAACUGUUGCUCCUUCGGAUCCAGGCAGCGCUUCUUCGAUACAUGUUAGCAUUUUUAUAGUAAUUGUUCUAACGAGUUUCUGUGUUUGCAUUUGGUAA